UAUCUUAGCACAAACGCGACGAUUAUACAUAUACACACACUUUAGGAGACUGAUAUGAAGAUGCUGUUGUCAGUCGACUUCGAUCAGCUGAGUGGCGCGGUUAAAAAAUGUAUUUACUUAACUGUAGCUUCUUAGCUGUAUUGCUCAGCGUUGGGCACGUUUUUAGCACUUCUUCAGCAGAUCACGGUGAUCAGUUGAAGGUCUGGUUUAAUCCACAGGAGUACACAUUUACCUUGGGAGAGACGGUGAAUUUAACCCUACAUGCAGAUGCUUCAGUGACUUCGAAUUUCUCUGUGCGGUUUAGUGUUGCAAAUGGCAGCUUUGUGCGAAUUGUUCCUGAGUAUUUGAGAAUCAACGAAUAUGAUAGCUUGUAUGGCAAUUCCACGAUGUUGCAAGCAACAGGCUUUCGAGCGGGCAGAUUUUUCGUCAAAGGGUACGUUGACCCUGAGUACUCUGUCGACGAUCGUAGAUUAUUCGCCCGACUGAAGAUUGCACUGAAUCGAUAUCUGAUUUACUUUUCCUUACUGGUUGGAUGGGCCUAUACAGCCUGUUGGUCUAUCGGGGACUAUCCGCAGAUUAUUAUGAACCAUCGAAAGAAGAGCGUGGUUGGUUUGAGUUUCGAUUUUCUCUAUAUGAACAUUGUAGGCAAUCUGUGCUAUCUUUCGUUCAAUGUGUUUAUGUACUGGAGCAAACAUGUGGAGGAAGAAUACUUUCAUCGCCAUCCUUUUGGAUUGAACCCAGUAAUUGGUAACGAUGUAGGAUACGCAAUGCAUGCGUUGUUUGCUUCAGUCAUCACAUUGCUGCAGUGCUACAUCUUCGAUAACGGGGGAAAUUCCAUAUCCACCUUUGCGAGAGUAAUUAUUGCAGCUUACGUGCUUACAAUUUUGACCGCGUUCGUGCUCGUGACGUUUACUGUCUUGCACUGGUUGGAUUUUCUGUACGUCCUGAGCUACAUUAAGCUAUCAACCAAUUUGAUCAAGUACUUUCCACAAGCGUACAUUAACUACAAGCGACAGAGUACCGAGGGCUUUGCGAUUAUGAAUCGUCUGUUAGAUCUGGCGGGGGGUUUGCUGUCGAUUUUUCAAAUGAUAAUCAACGCUUGGAACUUUGAUGACUUGGACUCUAUCCUCGGCAGUCCGGUGAAAUUUGCGCUUGGAUUUGUUUCGAUAGUUUUCGAUCUGGUGUUUAUAACACAGCAUUUUUAUCUAUACAGGAAACCGGUAAAAGUUUCCAUCUUUAAAAGUGAAACAGUAGAAAAAAAUAAGUCCUAAAACAUAUAUGUCGUGAAUUUGCAAGUUUUCAUGUACUUAAAUGUUCACAAAAACUACAUAUUCGUCGACGUUCGUGGUUCACUCUCAACAUUCGCUGUUCUAAAGAAUACGACGAAUAACUGUUUUCAUAAUUAGUAUAUACCAUUCAUAUUAAUAAACCUCUUCAAAGUUA